UGGGGAGUGAUAGGGAUGACAGACAUCUGUUCUGACCAAUAGCAGAGCGGUAUUCAGAGUGUAGAAGAUGACGGACACCUGUCCUGACCAAUGGCAGAGCAGUAUUCACAGAGUAUAGUUGUUUGUGUGGGUUAUAUUCCCUGUAAAAAGUCCCAGAAGUUGAGAGUGUGUUGGUUUUCUCUGCCUCACUGACGUGUCAUUGAUCACUGUACUAGUGUUGCGCUGUAUAUCGAAACUUUUUGGAUACUAAAACAUGAAAAAACGGUUCAGUACUAUACUUCAAAAAAACUUUUGGUACUUCUGUACAAAUGUGUCUCGUGUCAUAGAGAUUGAGAGGAUCCAGUCUGUCUAGUAAUUUGUCUGAAUGUUCUCAAGGGGGCAGUAGUAAGCUAGCCAGGCUACUUGUCUUCUCAAGAGGGCAGUAGUAAGCUAGCCAGGCUACUUGUCUUCUCAAGAGGGCAGUAGUAAGCUAGCCAGGCUACUUGUCUUCUCAAGAGGGCAGUAGUAAGCUAGCCAGGCUACUUGUCUUCUCAAGGGGGCAGUAUUAAGCUAGCCAGCCUGCGUGUCUUCUCAAGGGUGCAGUAGUAAGCUAGCCAGGCUACGUGUCUUCUCAAGGGUGCAGUAGUAAGCUUGCCAGGCUACGUGUCCCCUCAAGGGGGCAGUAGUAAGCUAGCCAGGCUACUUGUCUUCUCAAGGGGGCAGUAGUAAGCUUGCCAGGCUACUUGUCUUCUCAAGAGGGCAGUAGUAAGCUAGCCAGGCUACUUGUCUUCUCAAGAGGGCAGUAGUAAGCUAGCCAGGCUGCUUGUCUUCUCAAGGGGGCAGUAGUAAGCUUGCCAGGCUACUUGUCUUCUCAAGGGGGCAGUAGUAAGCUAACCAGGCUACUUGUCAUCUCAAGGGGGCAGUAGUAAGCUAGCCAGGCUACUUGUCUUCUCAAGGGGGCAGUAGUAAGCUAGCCAGGCUACGUGUCUUCUCGAGGGGGCAGUAGUAAGCUAGCCAGGCUACGUGUCUUCUCGAGGGGGCAGUAGUAAGCUAGCCAGGCUACGUGUCUUCUCAAGGGGGCAGUAGUAAGCUAGCCAGGCUACGUGUCUUCUCAAGGGGGCAGUAGUAAGCUAGCCAGGCUACGUGUCUUCUCAAGGGGGCAGUAGUAAGCUAGCCAGGCUACUUGUCUUCUCAAGGGGGCAGUAGUAAGCUAGCCAGGCUACGUGUCUUCUCGAGGGGUUAGUAGUAAGCUAGCCAGGCUACGUGUCUUCUCAAGGGGGCAGUAGUAAGCUAGCCAGGCUACUUGUCUUCUCAAGGGGGCAGUAGUAAGCUAGCCAGGCAACGUGUCUUCUCAAGGGGGCAGUUGUAAGCUAGCCAGGCUACUUGUCUUCUCAAGGGGGCAGUAGUAAGCUAGCCAGGCUACUUGUCUUCUCAAGGGGGCAGUAGUAAGUUGCGCCCUGAUAGAUUAAAUGCACUAUGGGAAUUGUAGUAUGCUAUGUAAAAUCCAUUGCAUACCUAUGGUGUGUAGACUGUUGCAAUAUUGAAGUUUCUGAAAUGAGCUUCAAAGUGUUCUAUGUCAUUUUGGAACCAAAUAAUUUAUUUAAUAAAUACAAUUAUUUAGCUGUAUUGAAUAAUGAAUCAUAUAGGUCUACUGAAUGUCAUUUGACCCAAUAUUAUGAACAGAGAUAAGAAAAUUAACCCUGAUGUGUCAAAUUACAUUUUAAAACAGUUUAAAACCAUUAUUUUGUAUCCUCUGAGCCUCAGAUAUGGUUUUGUUUAAGGAACAUUAAAGGUAUUCUUGUGUUAUUUAAUAUGGUGUUUUGUUUUUGAAAGAAAUAUCAUAUAGAAUAGAAUAUGUUUUAUUAUUUUAUUAUUUCAGCUGUUCUGCCAGUUAUUAACAUGUUGUUGUUUUUAAUAACAGUGGUUAUUCUCUGAUUAUAUGCAUAAUUUUUUUGCCGUGGGAUCGUUUGGUGUCAAGUAUUGUUCUGGUAUCGAGUAUCGUUCUGGUGUCAGGUAUUGUUCUGGUAUCGAGUAUCGUUCUGGUGUCAGGUAUUGUUCUGGUAUCGAGUAUCGUUCUGGUGUCAGGUAUUGUUUUGGUAUCGAGUAUCGUUUGGUGUCAGGUAUUGUUCUGGUAUCGAGUAUCGUUCUGGUGUCAGGUAUUGUUCUGGUAUCGAGUAUCGUUUGGUGUCAAGUAUCGUUCUGGUAUCGAGUAUUGGUUGGUGUCAAGCAUUGUUCUGGUAUCGAGUAUCGUUCUGGUGUCAGGUAUUGUUCUGGUAUCGAGUAUCGUUUGGUGUCAAGCAUUGUUCUGGUAUCGAGUAUCGUUCUGGUGUCAAGUAUUGUUCUGGUAUCGAGUAUCGUUUGGUGUCAAGCAUUGUUCUGGUAUCGAGUAUCGUUCUGGUGUCAAGUAUUGUUCUGGUAUCGAGUAUCGUUUGGUGUCAAGUAUCGUUCUGGUAUCGAGUAUUGGUUGGUGUCAAGCAUUGUUCUGGUAUCGAGUAUCGUUCUGGUGUCAGGUAUUGUUCUGGUAUCGAGUAUCGUUUGGUGUCAAGUAUCGUUCUGGUGUCGAGUAUUGGUUGGUGUCAAGCAUUGUUCUGGUAUCGAGUAUCGUUUCGGUAUUGAGUGUGUUUCUGGUAUCGAGUAUCGUUUGGUGUCACUUAUCGUUUCGGUAUCGAGUAUCGUUUGGUGUCAAGUAUCGUUUCGGUGUCGAGUAUUGUUCUGGUGUCGAGUAUCGUUCUGGUAUCGAGUAUCGUUUCGGUAUCGAGUAUCGUUUGGUGUCAAGUAUUGUUUUAGUAUCGAGUAUCAUUUCGGUAUCGAGUAUUGUUCUGGUAUCGAGUAUCGUUUGGUGUCAAGUAUUGUUCUAGUAUCGAGUAUCAUUUCGGUAUCGAGUAUUGUUCUGGUAUCGAGUAUCGUUUCGCUAUUGAGUAUUGUUCUGGUAUCAAGUAUUGUUUCGGUAUCGAGUAUCGUUCUGUUAUCGAGUAUCGUUUUGGUGUCGAGUAUCGUGCUGGUAACGAGUUUCGGUAUCGAGUAUCGUUCUGGUAUCGAGUAUCGUUUCGCUAUUGAGUAUUGUUCUGGUAUCAAGUAUUGUUUCGGUAUCGAGUAUCGUUCUGUUAUCGAGUAUCGUUUUGGUGUCGAGUAUCGUUCUGGUAUCGAGUAUCGUUUCGGUAUCGAGUAUCGUUUGGCAUCGGGUAUCAUUUAGGUAUCAAGUAUUGUUCUGGUAUCGAGUAUCAUUUCGGUAUCGAGUAGCGUUUGGUGUCAAGUUUUGUUCUGGUAUGGAGUAUCAUUCUGGUAUCGAGUGUUGUUCUGGUAUCGAGUGUCGGUAUCGAGUAUAAUUUCGGUAUCAAGUAUUGUUCUGGUAUGGAGUAUCAUUCUGGUAUGGAGUAUCGUUCUGGUAUCGAGUAUCGUUCUGGUAUCGAGUAUCGUUGCGGUAUCGAGUAUCGUUCUGGAAUCGAGUAUAAUUUCGGUAUCAUAUCGUUUUGGUAUCGAGUAUCAUGAUACUUAACCUGGUAUCGGUAUCGAAGUCAAAAUUCUGAUAUCAUGACAACACUACACUAUACAGUACAGAUUAGUGUUGCCAAGUCUCAUUGGAUUGCCAAGUCUCAUUGGAUUGCAAAGUCUCAUUGGGUUGCCAAGUCUCAUUGGGUUGCCAAGUCUCAUUGGGUUGCCAAGUCUCAUUGGAUUGCAAAGUCUCAUUGGGUUGCCAAGUCUCAUUGGCAACACUAUACAGUCAUCAUGAGCAUGAAAACCAACCAUUCUUUGACUCAACACUGGGUGUUUCAUAAGCAUGAAUACGGUCAAAUAGGAAACAUAUUACAGGUGAUCCAGAUCAGUUUAGGAGUGUGAAGAUACUCUAUAUUAGUCUUCAGUAGAAAACAAAUUUCAAAAGUAUCCAAUGACAUUAUUUAAACAUUCCUCGAGAGUAAACAGCUACCAAUCAGGCCACGGCCCUGUUGAGGUAAAAAAAAAAAAAUCUGGCUUUUAAGGGGUUAAAAAUAAAAAGGGACACGAAAUUAGGUAUUGUCACUGCCAUGUCACAGAGGUCACCCAGUCCAAUCUUAGUUUACUUAGUUUACUUCUAGGACAGACAGAGUCACCUAAAGUGGUUCAUUACUAGCCUAAGUACACUAUUUAGUAGCCUAAGUACACUAUUUACUAGCCUAAGUACACUAUUUACUAGCCUAAGUACACUAUUUUCUAGCCUAAGUACACUAUUUACUUGCCUAAGUAAAACUAUUUACUAGCCUAAGUACACUAUUUACUAGCCUAAGUACACUAUUUACUAGCCUAAGUACACUAUUUUCUAGCCUAAGUACACUAUUUACUUGCCUAAGUAAAACUAUUUACUAGCCUAAGUACACUAUUUACUAGCCUAAGUACACUAUUUACUAGCCUAAGUACUUUACUAACUCAUACUAGGAAGUUAAACAUAAUAUAUACAGUGUUGACCACAAAAAGAGAUUUCCUCAAUCGUAGCCUACAAAAUAGAAAUCCUUUUUGUCUUCUCUC